AUGAGUACAACAGAUGAUGAUCAAGGCUUGGACGUUGUUGAUGUCGGGGAUGCGUAUAUGGGAGACGUGAAGGUUCAAGUUCAAUAUCCACGAAGUCGCUCUAAUACAAUUAGUUUAGCUCGAGUUCAAUCCAACUGAAACGAAAAGAAACACCGGCGCGAGGUAUUUGUGUCCGUACGGCUGUGGAAAGUUGGUGGCUCUUCGGACGAUAGAUUAUCAUAAGAACAAUGGGGUAAGUUUUGGCUGUAAUUUUCAAAAUGACAAAAGUUUUUCAGUGCGGCCGAAGAAUGAACGAAUCUUUGGUCACAAAUCCAGACAUAAAGAAGCGUUACUAUUGCUGUGGCGUUUGUUUUACGGAAUUCGUGACUCGUCAGGAAUUCCAUGCACAUCUUCGCAUUGAACACGACGUCCAUCCGGAGAUUCAUCACGUCAAUUUCAAAGAUCGCGCUACUUUUGACGUAUUUAUUUUUUUGAAGCGUUUUUGAGUACAAAAAUGGUUUGAGAGAUUUUUGCGUUGGCUUGAAAUGGAGGGCGGAGCUCAUUUCCGUCAUAAAUCCGGAUCGAAAAGGCGUGGACGAGGCAAAGGGAUUUUUCUCGCUUGCAACAGGUUGGACGUCAUUGAAGUUUUGAUGUGUUCAGGUUUUUUAGGGUCUCAAAAAUCUAAUAUAAUGGUUCAAUCAGUUUUUGAAAUGCCUUCUUUCGCAUUUGGUUAGUUUUUAGUUUAAUAGAGGGCUGGUAGUUUUUCUUGAACUAUUAAAAAACAUAAUUUUCAAAAUCGAAAUAUUCAAGUUCCAUUGGUGAACAUUUAGAAUAAGUUAGAAUCAUUUUUUGAAUACAAUUUCGCGCAGUAAUUACUUUUAUCAUUUAAAAUUUCUUUCUCAAAUAAUGAAAGCCGAAAAUUUCUACUGAAAUGGCCUACAGAAGCGGCUACGUGAGCAGCUCCUCGAACAGUGACCCCGCCAGGGACAGAACCGGACCAUUCCGACUUGGGUUUUCGUGUACCGCUUUCGUGCAUGGAACCGAGCACGAAGAUGGGUUCGUUUUUUUUCCAUCGAAAAAAUAAAAUUAAUAAUUUUUCAGUCACGUCAGCGCAGACGUUUGCGGUGAUCACUACGGUCAUGAUUCUCGAAUGCGACUUCCAAACGUAAGUUAUUUUUUUUUGAAGCUGUAGAAAGUGAAUCAUUUUUUUCAGGUCAUCAAGUACAUCAUCGGCCAGAAACAGUUGGAUGGGGAGCCUUCCUCAGAUAUUAUCGCAUAUUUAAGAGGUUUGUUUCUGAAACAGUAGCCAUUUUUUUCAAACUGAAAUGAACGGAAAAAAAGAGAUAUAUUUUUUUCUAGCUUCUGGAAAUUAUGGUUCUAUCAGUAGAAUUUGCUGUAAAAGUGCUGAAAUUUCAAAAAAAUAAAAAAAGAUAAUUUUCUCUUAAGUUUAUAUAUAUUUUUUUCAAAAGAUUCCGCUUCUGUGUUCAAAUUUGAUCCUCACGAAAUGAUUAAUUUUAAAAAAAGUAGUUUUUUUGGGUGAAAAAGUUCAAAAAUGGAAAAUUUUGAGGUUUUUUUCAAAAGUUUGAAAAAGAGAAUUCAAGUUUUUCAAGACCAUUUCAAUUAUUUUAGUAAAGCACAUUAUUGACUUUUUUUAUACACUAAAUGAGUAGAAGGAUCCCUUUGUAGGGCCCGGGAACCCCUAUAGGGACCCCUACAAGUUUCUCACUUCGUUUUAUUUCAAAUUAAAGUGGCUUUUUUUAAAUUUUAUGUUUAAAAUCAACGUUCAACGAUAUAUCUUUCCUCAAAUUAUUCUAAAAAGCUUAAUUUCCAGACCAUUUCACUCAAUUUGCAUCGGAGAAUAUUUUCGCUCAACGGAUUUGUUUCGUCGACAAUGAAGAGUUGAAGAAUAUCUACGCCUGCAACACGAAAAAGUUGCUUUUUCUGGAGAACUAUAGAAAAAAUAAGGAAAAUAGGUGGGAAACGCGAGGAGUUCCAACGGGAUGCGAGAUUUGGGAGGAAGAAUUGUUGGAUCGGGCCGGAAUCACCAGAAACGGCGCUCAACGGCUCAGGGCCUACAACGAGAAAACCACUCAGGAAUUGGCGUUGGAUGAGGUUCAGAUUAAUUACUGUCAGAGUGGGAAAAGUCAUGAAAAACUUAAAAAUUAUGCCUCGAUAAUUUUUUUGAUUUUUUUCCACAUUUUCAAAAAGUUGUAAGUCCUCAUAAAAGUGGCAAUUUUGAGUUAAAUUCGCUUAUUAGGGGACAUUUUUGAUAACUUACUUCUAUAACUUGAAAACGAGAUCUAUUGCGAGAUAUUUUUUUUUUCUCGUUCCCUGGUUAGUGAAUUUUAUUAAUUUUUCUCCAGUGAACUAUUUUUUCAAUCACAUGCAGUCUAUUGUACAAUUUAAUGGCUUGAAAAUUUAAAUAGAAAGAUUUUACGUUUUUUCAUCUAGCUCGGGCUCUUUCCGACACGUUUCUUUUGCAAAUUUUCUGGCGUAACCUGGUUUUUUUCUUGUUUUGUCUCUUUUUUUUCACUAUAUAAUGGUAAAAGAAAAAUGCAAGAAUUUUCAAUUUUCGGUAUUACAAAACCAUUCUAAACAGGAAAGGGUACUUUCUAACGAGAUGAAUUGAAGGAUUGGCCGAGGCCGCGAGUUUUCGUGGCGAAGAUCCGCUCGGAAUCCGGGAUGCUGGUCCCUCUGAGCGACCCCCGACUGCAAGACUGCGAUUCCUCCGUCCAGGCCACCUACUUCUCUCAUCAACCCGCUGUCGACACUCGAUACGUCGAGAUGGAAGAAGUUGUUCGUUUUAUUUUGAAUCCCUCUUUAGAAGAGAAUAUGUGGAAAAAGUUUUCGAAACCAGGAAACUUUAAUUAUUUCUUAUUCAAAUUAAAGAGGUCUUCUUUAAAAAUUCUUUCAUUUUCUGAAUUUUGGCUUUUAAAAAUGAGCCGAAGGUGAACUUCUGGUUGGACUAGAGUUUUCAAUUUUAGCUUUUCUAAUUUAGUUUAUAAUAUAUUCAUUUUAAACAUUCAAAAAAGGCAAUAAACCUUGAAAAUUUAGGUCUUUUUCUCGAUUUCAAUUUUUGAGUUUCGAAGGGAUUUAUUUAUGAAAAAAAGUUGUCUUUUUGACUAUAAGGCUAUUUUAAUAUGGUAUCAAUACAACAAAAUUGUUUUUUUCGAGUAUUAAAUUAGAAAAAAAUCGAUUUGAAGGAGUACGCGGACGAGAACUUUGAGCACAUCGAAGAAGAAGUGAUCCAGGACGGGGCUUAUGAAAUGAAAGCAAAUGAUGAUGGCUUGAAAGUGCCGGUGAAUGUCAUAAGGUGGGAGGAAAAGAUAGAACUUUGGAGAAAGGUUUGAUUUGAAGAGAAGAGCAAGUCGAAACGGUGGUCCGAUCUUCCCAUGAUCAUGCCGUCGAUGAACCCCAGACCAUCACCGUCGAGACGGUCGAUGGCAAGGAGUACGAGGAAUACGUCAGGGCGGAUGGUCAGUUUCUGUUUUUUUUUUUCGAGGAGCGAUUUUAGUUGAGAUACAACUUCAAAGUUGACGAAAAUACUUUUUUAUUCAACGAUGAAAUCAAGCGUAAAAGAGAGACAUCCCACUUGAAAGAAUGGAUCCAAAAUGGCAUUUUUUUUUGGAAAAAAUGGAUUUUGAUUGGAAAUUUGAGAUUUACCAUUGAAAAACUCAUGGGAAGUGAAGUUCAUAAUUGGAAUUUUAAGAAAAUAUACCACAUUCAGGAACUCCAGAGUGGUCCCUAUAAGGGCCCUUGAAGGUCCUCUUUAGCGACCACUUUACCAACCCCUAUAAGGGCCACUAAAGCUUGCAAAAGUGGUUCCUAUAGGGGACAUUCAAGUCGAUGAUUGUUAUGAGCCCUACAACCAUUUUGAAUGAAGUGGAAAGACCUCUAUAGGGACCCCUUCAGCUUUCGAGGUUUUUUUUAGUGGUCCCUUUAGGGACAUCUUUUUCGGCCAUUUUGGGAGCUGCUUACCCUCUAACCCCUUAAGGGACCACUCGAGAAUCCCUAAGUGAAGGCUUUUUUGAUGCUUAAAUAUUUUUUCUUCAAACUUUUUGUAAGUUCCUAAAAUAUUCACAAUGAGUUUUAUUUUUUAGGAACGGAAAUGCAAGUUGUACUCGAAGAAGACGUCUCCGGGGGCAAGCAUUCCAGUGGGAUCUUUUUUCUUUUGUCUUUGCCUUUUCAAAGAAUCAUAUAAUUUCUGGUCUUCAGUGUACAUGGAAACGAUGCAAAACGGCCACGCUCAGAAUGAAAUCGGCCAACAUAACUUGACCGACCAGAUUCUCAUUGAACUCGAUGAGUUCAGGGAAACUUUGAUUGUAAGUCCUUUAAAACUCUCUAAAACGAAUUUAAAAACAAAAUUAGCACUUCAUUUAAGUUUUAUUCUCUUUUUAGAGGCUUGAAAAAAUUGAAAUUUAGAGAAACCAGCUCUUGGACAUUGGUAACGCGAAGCGGACGUUUCCGGGCAUUUCUAGUGACCACUUUAGUAUCGUCAGCACUCUUAAGUGAUCCCUUGAACCGCUCAGAAACGUCCGUUUCGCUUUACCAAUGUCCGAGGCAGUCACAAGAUUUCUAGAGUUGAAGAAAAAAUUUCACUAGUGAAACAUGAGAAUGAUUAAUUAUCUUCUUAUUUUCUUACUGUGAAAGAAUAAUCAUGAAUAAAACAAAAAUAGCCCUUGAAGUGAUAAAGCGAUUUUUUUGGAGCAAAACGCUUUUCUUAAGCUGAUUCUAGAAUUUUAUAUAAUAUUCUAUACAUUUCUAGUCUCAUUACGUCAUAGGGAUCAUGUGUGAAGGUGUUAAAACGUGCUCUAUUGAGUAUAUAUGAUCAACCUGGAUUUAUGCAGGAAAAACGGGCGACCGGAGUUUCCCUGGCCACCCUAAGGUCUUCCUACGUCAGACUUCGCUCCAUCCACAGCGCCCUUAUCAGUGAUAAGCCCGGCGAAAAUGCAACCGUGAUAUAUCCGCAGGACGGACGGGCCAGCUACAGGCCUGGCAGAGGUUUGUUCCGAGCAGAAGAAUCCUGGAAAAAUCCGUUUCAGUGGCCUCUUCGGAACAUGAGGAACUCCGAAAGUUGUACAGUCGAGGCGACGUCACUCUUUUGCCUAUUGAGGUUGGUUUCGAGCAUACAAGGGAUAGUUUCGGUUGUACCUGAAAAAAAGGGGCUGGGGUGGGGGAUUGGAAAAAUACCUUUAAAAAAAUAAAGAAUUCAUUUUUUUAAAGUUCAAUUGACUAGAGUUUGUCCCUCUAGGGGUCUUUUCAGUCUAAUUCAUAAGAGUUAUCGACUUGCAUAUCCUCUAUAGGGCCCACUAAUAAAAAUUCCUAUAGGUACCACUUUUGCAAGCUUUAGUUGCCUCUUUAGGGGUUGGUAAAUUGGUCCCUCAAAGGCCCUAAGGUUGCCCCUAUAGGGACCACUCUGCAGUUCCUAGUUAUACUUCAAAUGUGUCAUGGUCCUUGAAAAUUUUUAACAAGGGUUCUCACAACUACUGAGAAAUUUCAGGACGAAUUGAGCGACGACGAGCCGCUGGCGGCAACCGCACGUCACGGUUUCAACUACAAUCCAAAUUUUUGGAGUUAG